AUGGCACCAUUAACUGAAAAGCCUGAAUCAAGAGAUAAAGAAAAUCCAGAAGUGAAAAAGGCAAGUCCCUCUGCCACAAUGAGCUCUGAACACGAAGAAAUUGAUGUUGCAAAAACUGUUGUCAAUGGUCUGAGCAGCAAUGGACAAGAAAAAGCUGUUGACGUCCCUUUAUGUACACGCUCUAUUUCUGCCGUUAAAAUAAUCCCUGUGAAGAAAGUGAAAAGUUCUCCUCACCUAGUGCUGCCUACAGAAAUGGAUCCCACUAGAGUCUGCAGCGGAAAAGGAGCUGUGACCCUCCGGGCAUCUCCAGCCACUGAAGAGAAUCAGAAUAUCACUUCACCAUGUUCUCAGGAUGUUGAGCAACCUGAAAGUUUGAAGCCAGAAAACACAGAAACAGAUGACUGGAGGUCGUCAUCUAAUAUUGAUGCCAAUGGGGAUGCCCAACCAUCUUCUCUGGCUGCCAAGGGUUAUAGGAGUGUGCGUCCGAACCUUUCCUCAGACAGCAAGCCCCAGGAUGCCACUGCCACCACCACAGCUCAACCUGGAGUUAUAGUAGUCCCCCUCGUUCAGGUUAAUCCAGACAGACAGCAAGAAGGCAGCUCCAGCACUCCACCACCGCCUCUGGUUCCUUUCGGGCAAGGCUCCGUAUUCUCUGAGACUGUUUCUCCUGGCUCACCCUUGACUUUUCCGACUCUAGAUGAUUUCAUUCCCCCACAUCUCCAGAGGGGUUCCCACCAUAACCAAGCACCCUCCACAUCUGGCACAUUACCCUCUGUUUACCCGAAACUGCCAUUCUUCUCAUCACCACCUUCACUUGUCCCUCCAGUCACAGGGGCUUUGCACAGGGGCUUGAAGCCUGAAAUCACUGGAGUCAUCCCACAUACAGACCCAGGUCCUGUGCUAAAUGAAGUGCCCCAGCCUGGCACUGGCACUGACUAUCCAACCUCCUUCACUUCAAUCAACAAGUCUUCCUCUGCCUAUCCCUCUACCACAAUUGUCAAUCCCACUAUUGUCCUCUUGCAGCACAAUCGAGAGCAGCAAAAAAGGCUUAGUAGUAGCCUGGCAGAUUCAGUGCCAGACAGACUAGUUUCUGAUAAAGUUGAUUCAGCACUCGUACGGGACAAGCCGGUUCAGGAGACAGUGCCAAGCAUGAAGAGGGCAAUGGAGGAAAAGAGAAGCAUUGUCAAGAGCCCUCAGCACGUGGCUGAUACCUCUGUCGAUGAUAUUGGCAUUCCACUGAGGAAUACAGAGAGAUCGAAGGACUGGUACAAGACAAUGUUCAAACAGAUCCACAAGUUAAAUAGAGACACUCCUGAAGAAAAUCCUUAUUGCCCUACCUACAUAUUUCCUGAACUUCCUGAAAUCCAGCAAAAAACUGAAGAAGACAAUCCUUAUUCUCCUACAUACCAGUUUCCUGCGUCUACUCCUAGUCCUAUCUCUGAAGAUGAAGAUUCUGAUUCAUAUUCUCCUCGUUAUUCCUAUUCUGAGGACAGCAGAACCCAGCUUUCAGUUCCGCGCUCCAAGAGUGAGAUGGACAAUAUUGAUUCAGAGAAGGUUGUUAAGAGGUCUGCCACUUUGCCACUGCCAAACCGUACUUCGUCGCUGAAAUCAAGCCCAGAAAGAACUGACUGGGAGCCUCCAGACAAGAAGGUGGACACCAGAAAAUACCGUGCAGAGCCCAGGAGCAUUUAUGACUAUCAGCCAGGAAAAUCCUCGGUUCUGAACAAUGAAAAGAUGACUCGGGAUAUAAGCCCAGAAGAGAUAGAUUUAAAGAAUGAACCUUGGUAUAAAUUCUUUUCGGAAUUGGAGUUUGGGAAACCGCCUCCAAAAAAGAUUUGGGAUUAUACUCCUGGAGAUUGCUCUAUCCUUACUAGAGAGGAUAGAAAGACUGAUCUAGAAAAAGACCUCUACCUCUACCAGACUGAGUUAGAGGCAGAUUUAGAAAAAAUGGAGAAGCUUUAUAAAGCGCCACAUAAAAAGCCACAGAAGAAUACAGCAGGUGUUACUCCUCUGGAAACUUCCACAGACCAUUCUUCCUACUCCACAUAUUCACCCAACUACCAUGCAGUGAAAAAGGAGUCAGAACCACCACUGGGGGACCCUGCUGGCUUGGAGAAUGAAAGGCAGAUUUACAAGAGUGUGUUGGAAGGUGGAGAUAUCCCGUUCCAGGGGCUGAGUGGUCUCAAGCGACCUUCUAGCUCUGCUUCCACAAAAGAUUCAGAAUCACCAAGGCAUUUUGCACCAGUUGAUUACAUGGAAACUCCAGAAGAAAUUAUCCGCAGACGGCACGAUGAUAAAGAGAAACUUUUAGAGGACCAGAGACGGCUUAAACGUGAGCAAGAAGAAGCUGAUAUUGCAGCUAGAAGGCACACAGGGGUUAUUCCAACGCACCAUCAGUUUAUCACUAAUGAGCGAUUUGGGGACCUCCUAAAUAUAGACGAUACAGCAAAGAGGAAAUCUGGGUCAGAGAUGAGACCUGCUAGAGCCAAGUUUGACUUUAAAGCGCAGACGCUAAAGGAACUUCCUCUGCAGAAAGGAGAUAUUGUUUACAUUUACAAGCAGAUUGACCAGAACUGGUAUGAAGGCGAACACCAUGGCAGAGUUGGCAUCUUCCCACGGUCAUACAUAGAGCUCCUCCCACCAGCUGAGAAAGCUCAGCCCAAAAAGCCAUCACCAGUGCAAGUAUUGGAAUAUGGAGAUGCUGUUGCUAAGUUCAACUUCAAUGGAGAUACACAAGUGGAAAUGUCCUUCAGAAAGGGUGAAAGGAUCACGUUGAUUCGACGAGUGGAUGAGAAUUGGUAUGAAGGAAGAAUCUCUGGCACCAGUCGCCAAGGCAUCUUCCCUGUCACUUACGUGGAGGUGCUCAAACGGCCAGUGGUCAAGAAUGCCAUCGACUAUCCUGACCCCCCAAUGUCCCUCUCCCCUAAUCGCAGCAUGACGGCUUCACCACAGUCUCCCAGCUCUGAGCUGCUCCAUACACCAACUCCUCCGCCUUUGCCUUUCGCGCGCCGCGCCUUAUCUCCAGAGGUGCAGGCGGUCACAUCCGAGUGGAUUGCUCUGACCGUGGGAGUGUCUCCUAGCACCACUCCUGCCAUAACUCCUCCAUUGCCUCCUCUGCCUGAAGCCUCUCUCUCUCACACUGACUCUCUCUCGCCUUCUGCUGCAGCCAGCCCUUCUCCCCCGGUCAGCCUCCACCAUUCUCAUCUCUCUGGCUCCUCGACUCCCAGGUCCAUUAAAUCCCCAUUGCCCUCUUACUCAUCCAGACCUCAGUCCUCCGCUCACAGUUUCUAUCAGGCCACUCCACAAAACGAAGAGAAGUUUGUCGCCUCCCCUUCUCCCAGUGUGAGCUUCUCCAGCUCCCCUCGCUGGGCAGUGGAGAGCCCUGACAGCAUCCUCGCAGAGCAGCGUGACACCCCUGGCAGCCAAGCCUGGCUCCAAAAGACUAGAGAGGGCAGCAGCAACCCUGAGCAGGGGACUCACACUGUUCCCAAGAUCUCUGUUGAGAGCUGCCUGAAACCAUCCCAACUAGACAUGCGUGUGAGCCCAGAAAAGAGACCUGUGGGUUCCUCUGAGGACAACCAGUUGUGUCAGGAGCUAAUGGCUAUUGUGCAGGGAGGUAAAACAGAGAAAAGAAGCGUGAGGAAAGGUGAUCUGGGAAAAUUUCAAAGCUGGGAAAAGAAGACUGCAGACUCAAAAGCAUUCUCUUCAUCUGCUCCUCUCUCUUCCUCUGCCCUCUCUUCCUCUACUGUCACAACACAGCCACCUCCCCGACUCACACGCAGAGUCAAUAAGUCACAGCCUUCCCACCAUUCAUUGAGAGCUGGACCAGAUCUCACAGAGUCUGAAAAGAGCUAUGUGGAAGCAGUUUGCAAUGAGAUCAUAAACAUUGCAGAAAAGUCUGUUCAUUACUGCAGUACUAUUUCUCAGCCUCUUGACUCUCGCCACAAGGUGACCUCUAAUGACCAUAAACCAUCUCUCAUCAUUUCUCAGCAACCUCAAGCACAGCAGCAAGGAGCCAGCCCUGACAGAAGUCAAACACCACGAGACAUAGUUAGCUACCAAGCCCUCUACAGCUACACUCCUCAGAACGAUGAUGAGCUGGAACUGAGGGACGGUGACAUUGUCGAUGUCAUGGAGAAAUGUGAUGACGGCUGGUUUGUGGGUACAUCCAGAAGAACACGGCAGUUCGGCACCUUCCCAGGCAACUACGUGAAGCUUCUGUACCUGUAA